AUGUUCGUCCUUUCUGUUCAACUCGUCGUUCAAGAAGCAAACCUGAAGAAUGGAAACAAGAUUGUUGUGAAACAUUCCCUUCUUGGCUACUGGAAGGCGUAUCUGGCGCAAGUGGGCAAGCUCAAGGAUCUCAGCGACAAAUUCUUCGUGGCGCAUGUUGAGUUCCGGCGCGUAUGUGAUGAAAUGGUCGAUAGGACCGGCUUUUGGCUCCUCCACGCCGAGAAACUGUGGUUUAAAAAAGCGGUUGAAACUUAUUUCGAGGCGCAUUUUUCUGGCUCAAAAGUGACUUGCAAUACCCCAAAAGAGGCCACUGCUGGUGGAAAGCUUGCCUUUCUCGUUGAUGUGAGCGUUGGCGCGAACAAUCAAAUGCCUGCAUCUUACUAUGCAAAGGUCAUGGCUGAUCAUCGCUGGUCAUGGCUCAACCUCAUGGAUCAACCGUCGCUCGCUCCCAAGUCUUCCGAUUUGCGUGAGAUCUUCGUAUACCAUCUACUCAGUUUGAUUGGAGUCGGAUCGGAAAAGGUGCUCGUUAUACCAGAUGUACCUCGAAGUGGAUACGUGUAUUUGGCGACGAAGAUAAUUGAUGGUUUCUGGACAGAUAACGGAAAGUCGGUUGCUAUGAUGCGUGGCGCUAAAGAUGAGAAAGAGCCAACUUACGACGAUGAAAGCAAAAAAGCAAAGGACGAGCAGAUUAAGAUACUUACCUGGUUGUUAGACUUAGGAGAUCUGGGGCUACGUCGAAAGUCAAACUCUGGGAGGUCCGGCGCACGAAUUGAGGAUCGUCGAUUUUUGGAAUGGGUGAAGCCCACUCAAUCCGUUUUUGAUAAACAUUUUGCAAAAUGGAACUUGAUGGACAAUAUUGAGAAAGCCCAAAAGCUAGUAAUGGACGACGAAGCCAUCAAAGACAACGUGAAUGUCGACAAGGAAACCUUUGACGCCUACGUCAAAGAGAGCAAAGACAAAGUGGGAAAAUUCCUUAAAACUCGGAAGAGGUCAGCAGAUGAA